AUGGAUCUGAUGCACGCUGGGAUUGUAUUACUGUUGUUUUGUUCUGCCUAUAGUUAUCAGUUCAGGUAUGACCCGUUUGUGCAAGACCCUGAACGAGAGUGGGAGAGAAUGGAGACGGUGAUAGGUGAAGAAAUGACUGAGGCCCUUGCACCUGAAACUAAAUUCUUGAAGAGUGCAUCAGGUAAUGGAUCUUUAACACCUGAAGCAAAGACAGUUCCUGAGUAUCUGGUUGUCUCUAAGGACCAGAAAGAGGUUUUCAAGCCAGAAAAGGGUGCCAGACCCCUCCCUGAUUCAGCCAAGGAAAUGUUACUGAAGACUGCCUCCACUACUCCUGCAACUGCAGGAACAGCCAAACCAAAGUUGGUUGAAAUUCUGUGCCAUGUUGAUAGAAUUUAUGUAAGAAUCAGGAGAGAGGUCUUUAAAACUAGGGAUGCAUACAAAUAUUUGAAACUAGGCACCUGUCCUGUUAACCAAGGUACCAAAAAUCAUUACUACCUUCUGUACCUUCUGAAAACUGACUGUGGAUUCAAGAGACAGAGUAAUGCGGCUUAUCGGUCCAUCAGCAAUACGCUCCACUACAAGCCCACCAGUCCAGUUUUAAGAGAAAUGCCAUUUGACAUUCCCCUGCAGUGUAGAUAUCCCAGGUUGUUUCACUCCUACAAAGUUGGCUUCUAUCCCAAACUACAGGGAGGCACAGUUUUCAAAGCGCUGCAAUCAAGAGGCGGUUACACCCUCACUCCUCAAGAUGCAUCAGGGUAUGAAAUCACCGGUUCCAAAACCUACACUUUGGGCCAGCCGAUGUACUUUGAGGCCAAGCGAGCUAACAGAACUGCAUCUUCUGGAGAUAAGAGGAUUUACAUCAACAGGUGUUUCAUGACGGCCUCCCAAAACCCCAACUCGGAUCCUAAAUAUACGGUCAUCGACAACCAAGGCUGUAUGAUUGAUGGCAAGGCGACUGAACUGUCAAAGUUCCUCCCUUGCACCCCCAACAUGGCCCAGAAAUUCAGUGUAGGCGCCUUGGUUUUCAAGGACCAAGUUUCCACUUCUUCUUCAUCACAGCAACUCUACAUGCACUGUGAGCUCUCCAUGGGGAAACUUACUCCAACUCCAAGUUCAAAGGCUUGCAAUUAUGUCCCAGCUACCAAAAAGUGGAAGGCGCUAUUCGGUGAGGACUCAGUGUGCGCCUGCUGUGACUCAAACUGUUCGCCGGCAAAGCUGAAGGCUUCUAGGAACAUGAUCUCCAGUCACUCUUGGAAGGUCGACCUGAGCAGCCAGGCUGACUAUGACGAGUUUGAGCCUCGGAUGAAAUCCCUGGAUGCUGACACAUUCAGUUUGGAGGACCCUGCCAUGGGAGAGCAUCAAGACUUCCUGAAGAACUGGGAGCACGAUUACUAAAAGAAAUGUGGUGUGAAAAUGAGAAUUUUAAAAUAAAUAUAUCUCCUGUACUUGA